AUGCCAGAUGCCAAGAACAAAAGUUUGAAAAAACUUGGAAAAGCAGUGAAUUUCGUUUUUCAGAAUACAAGUGUCUAUGUGAGUGUGCUGUCUUUAAUGUUCAUAACGUUCGAACGUUGGCGAGCCAUCACAUGUCCAUUGAAAAGUCCACUUAAGGCCACUCGAUACAUCAUUGCCGGUACGUGGGUUGCGGCAAUGAUCAUGUCGUCACCAGAACCCUUCACUCUUCACCUGAAGAGAGCCGAAUUUCGUAGACCGAACUUCUCAACGACGUGGGGCACUCGAUGCAUCGCUUCGUGGUCAAGUGAGACCGAGCAGCAGUACCAGAUAGUGCUGACGCUUUGCGCCUACUUGUCGCCGUUGCUGUUCAUUUCCGUGCUCUGCCUUCACAUGAGGCGAACUCUGAACCGAUGUGAACUGACGAUUGGAAAAAGGCAGUUGGCAAAUCGAAAGAAAGCCGUUCGAAUGCUUAUGGCAGUCGUGUGCGUGUUCGCUUUGUCAUAUUUUCCGGUUCAUUUACAUAAUAUUGCAGCAACCUUCGACUUGCUCAGUCGAGACUCCGAUAUCAACUGGAUUUACGUUCGUAAGCUUCUGCCGCGAGUAUUCAGUUAUUCAUCAAGCUGUUUGAAUCCACUGCUUUACAACUUCAUGUGCAGUAAGUUUUCCAUCACCAUGUCGCUAUAA